AGAGAGAGGCGGAGAGAGAGGAAAACAUUUUCCCGACCUGAUCCCGCCAUAGUUUUUCCCACCCUUCCACUAUAGACCCAUCGCCAAAUCCACCCAGUACAACCCACCUCCUCCACAGUGCGAUAGAGGCAUUAGGCUGCUGCUUUAUUCGUCUGCCGGGGCCGGCUGCAAGUCAAGGGAUUUCAUUUCUUCUUCUGCUCCACUUAUUCACCUGGAUUUACAACUAAAUUCAACGUUAUCGUCUGUUUUUACACUUCUGAAAUCUCUUUUUUUAAUUUUAGUUUGCUGCCGUAAAUUUGUAUUAUUUUCUAGGUCUUUUUUUAUUUUUUAUUUUUAGAAAUUCUUGCUUCGACCGUGAUUUCCACUUUCAUUUAGUGUGGCAAGACUGACAAUAGCCUAUCUUGUUGCGCUAAUUCAGGAGAUAAACUUUUUGCUGGCUUCAGUUUUUGUUAUUACGGACUUUGAUUUUUUUUUUUCGUUUUUGGACUUGGAAAAACAAUCUCCACCAUGCACAAGCUAUACAUUGGGAAUCUAGGCGACAGCGUGACUGCCGAGGACUUAGGAAAAACCUUUGACGACCACAAGAUCCCAUACUCCGGACAGUUUCUAAUGAAAACCGGCUAUGCGUUUGUGGAUUGUCCUGACGACCAGUGGGCCAUGAAGGCUAUCGAGACGUUUUCUGGUAAAGUGGAGCUUCAAGGGAAACGUAUUGAGGUCGAGCACUCCGUCCCCAAGAAGCAAAGGACCAGGAAACUGCAGAUCAGAAACAUUCCACCUCACCUGCAGUGGGAGGUGCUGGAUGGGCUGCUGGCCCAGUGUGGAACCGUAGAGAACUGUGAGCAAGUGAAUACAGACAGUGAGACUGCAGUGGUUAAUGUCACAUAUGCAUCCCGGGAGCAUGCCAGGCAAGCCAUCCAGAAGCUGAAUGGAUACCAGUUUGAGAACAACGCCCUGCGCGUCUCCUACAUCCCAGACGAGAACACCGAGCUGGAGGGAGGCCAGCGAGGCCCCGAUAACGGCCGGCGCCCUGGUUACGGGCCCAGAGGCGGUCCCCGCGGUGGGUCCCCGAGCUCUGGGAUGCACUCCAAACCUCCGCACGCCGACAUCCCUCUGAGACUGCUGGUACCAACGCAGUACGUCGGGGCCAUCAUCGGCAAGGAGGGAGCCACCAUUCGCAACAUCACCAAGCAGACGCAGAGCAAGAUUGACGUGCAUCGCAAGGAGAAUGCAGGUGCUGCUGAGAAGCCGAUCAGCAUCCACUCCACCCCUGAGGGCUGCUCAUCCGCCUGCCGCAUGAUCCUGGACAUUAUGCACCAGGAGGCUAAAGACACAAAGACUGCUGAUGAGGUUCCUCUAAAGAUUCUGGCUCACAACAACUUUGUUGGACGCCUGAUUGGGAAGGAGGGACGCAACCUGAAAAAAGUUGAACAGGACACAGACACCAAGAUCACCAUCUCCCCUCUUCAGGACCUGACACUGUACAAUCCAGAGAGAACCAUCACAAUCAAAGGCGCUAUUGAAGCCUGCUGUCUGGCCGAGGUGGAGGUCAUGAAGAAGGUCAGAGAGGCCUAUGAGAACGACAUUGCUGCUAUGAAUCAACAGACCCACUUGAUCCCCGGGCUCAACCUGGGUGCGCUGGGCCUCUUCCCCUCCUCCUCCAACAUGCCCCCACCCCCGCCCGGAAACGCAGCCGCUGGUGCCCCCUAUGGUUGCUUUGGGGCUCCAGAGCAGGAGACUGUCCAUGUUUACAUCCCAGCACAGGCAGUGGGAGCCAUCAUUGGAAAGAAAGGACAGCACAUCAAACAGCUGAGCCGCUUCGCUGGGGCCUCCAUCAAGAUCGCCCCAGCUGAAACUCCAGACUCUAAAAUGAGGAUGGUGAUUGUGACAGGUCCCCCUGAGGCUCAGUUUAAGGCUCAGGGCAGAAUCUAUGGCAAACUGAAGGAGGAGAAUUUCUUUGGGCCAAAGGAGGAGGUCAAACUGGAGACUCACAUCAAGAUGGCCGCUGCAGCUGCAGGAAGAGUCAUUGGCAAAGGAGGCAAGACGGUGAAUGAGCUGCAGAACCUUACAGCAGCUGAGGUGGUGGUCCCCAGGGAACAGACACCUGAUGAAAAUGACCAGGUCAUUGUCAAGAUCAAUGGACAUUUCUACGCCAGCCAGUUGGCUCAGAGGAAGAUCCGGGACAUUCUGACCCAGGUCAAACAGCCACAGAAAGGCGGCAUGGGCUCCGGCCCUAACCCCCAGGGCUUCACAGAGAUGGGCAGCCCUACCCAGGGACUGACUCAGGAACACCAGCCGCGCAGGAAGUGAGGGUCCCCGCACCCUCCUCAUCUACCGUGGGCCCCCCCACCCCCCCACCCCCCGCCUGACGGACAGACAGACAGACACAUGCACAGACGGAUAGACAGACGGAUGGACAGAUACAGGAGAGCGACACACGGACCCAGCGAUAGACAGGGAGACAUAUAAAGAGGGAGGGAGUACGCCCGAUAGCCAGAGAGAAAGAUGACAGAAGAUUAUUAAAAUCGAAAGAUGAAAUUAAUAAAAAAAAAAGAGGAUUGAGAUAAAAAGAAACCAGAUGCCAGGCCAGAAGAGAGACUGAUUGAGGAUGGAGGGAUGAAGGAAAGGAGGGAUGGAGAGAGGGAGGGGCGGUCACCUCCUAGCGUGCCUUUGUGGGGCUGCAGCCAGCUCCUCAUCUGCUACAGCUCUAACAGAUCCUGCAUCCGACAGGUUUAAACAAAACGGCCGACUUUACCCUCCUUGUAACGACUGUUGUUGUUUACACCUGUCCACAUGGGUUCAGAGGCUGGCUGGACAGAUCCUUGUUUUCUAAGACACACUAGCAGGGGCCUGUCUGUUCCUCUGUCACCCCCUAGAGACCUCUCCAACCAUCUGCGGUCAGUCCUAUAUUUUAAGGGUGGUUUUUUUAAACAUAGAGAUAUAUGUAUAGAAAUGUUUUAUUCAGAGCUAUUAUUGAUAGAAUGCAGUGAGGCAGAUCCGGGAGAGGGAGCAAGGAAACUGCUGCAGCGGCACUGGGGGAUAGGCCACAGGUCUGGCUUUAGCCACACCCUAACCUCCUAGCCAAUGAGAGUCUAGAAGAGGGGCCGCAGAUGUUAACACUGCUCUUUAAAGACCUCUCUGAAUAGCGGAGAGUUUAGAUGGAAAAAAAAGGAGAAAAUGGAGAGAAUAUGAGGUUGUAAAUAUAUAAUCUUCAUGUAAAUGUUAACAAAUGCUGUGUCUGGCCGCCUUGCCUUUUUUAAAAAAGGGGUCUCCUGUAUAUUUCCCAGUCCCUUGUCUAUGAUAUGUAGCAUAAUGUAACCUACAACAAGGCCGGGGCUGGGGAGCCACUGAGCUCCCCCUUCCACAUUUAGCCGUGUGGCGGAAGGCGCAGCAAGAGACAGUAAGAGGAGCGGAGGUCGCAGCUGGUCCUGCAGUUCUAUUGCAGCGACUUAGCUCACACAUCUGAAACCAUUAUAAAAACAGCCAGCAGCUAUGCUAGCUGGCUAGCGGCCCGCACCUUAAACGGCAUAUUUUAUAUAUAUUAUAUAUAUGAUAUGUGAGUUAGCCCGGCCCCUCCAGUGAAUGUAUUGAAGGCAGCGAGUUGGGUGUGAGGUUUUGCUGCACCUGCAUCAAUAAGUCCUGCAAUGACAGACAGACAAGGUGUGUCUGAGACGUUCUGCUCAUUGCCUUCAAGGCCAGUCUUUGACAGGAUGGCUUUCUCCUCAGAGGAGCUGGGGUCCUUAAGACCAUCCCUGCAUUGUUCAUUUGCACAUCUAGUGCUUGUAUUAAUAAAAAAUGUUUUAAGACUGGCCUUGGCCGAGCGCAGGAACCAAAAAGGCAAAGUCUUCCAAAGCUCCUUGCCUUGAGCUCAGAGAAGGUAAAAUCAGACUGAAGGGAAGCGGCUUCCUCGUUCUCUCUCCCAAUCUGCCAAAGGCCUGUGGGCGGAGCCUCCAGACCCUGUCUGUGUAUGUUGAUGAGGGGCGGGGUCUACGCCGGGACGCUCUUGCCAAGAUUAGAAAAGAUUAGAGAUGAAAUGAAAAAGAAAAAACCUACCUCAGGGUAAAGUUACCUCAGUAUUCCUAACUUUCUUUUGCUUGCUGGUGUUUUAUAUAAGAAGAAAAAAAAAGAAAAGAAGAGCUGAUAGUCCUGAAUAUUUUUUAUUUUUUUAAAGAAAAAGUAUUUUUUUUUAGGUAUUGUCUUGUUGCUUUGGUUAUUUUUUUCUGUUUUUUUUGGUGUGAUGAUGGUUGAAUGAGCUCAGGAUGACGGGGAGGCUGUGUUUUAUUUCCAAAGCAGAGAGAGAUAAAAUACUGAUCUAGAGAGGAAAUGGGGCGAGUGCCAUUUUGCCUUUUUUAGGUGAGGAAACACGCUCUCUGACUUCCUGAAGUGUGAGUGCAACAGCUGUUGUAUGAAACGGAAUAUUGGCCAAUGGGGAGUGGUGUUAACUCGAGAGGGGGUCCUGAAGUGCACACGGUGACCAUACACGCCGCUGGGUGCUGGUUUUACUGAGCCCGCGUCAGCAGAGGGGUUGAUAUUAAUGAUACUUACUGUCAUAAAGACUUACCCAUCCAGACAACCUCCUCCUCACAUCGCACUGUCUCACUGCAACUGCCCAUUGUCAUGGCUACUGGCCCGCCAUGUGCCCUAAAGGACCUCCCUCUCCUGCCUUAUUGUGAUGACAUCAUCAUAAAGCGCCAAACAUUAUGAGAGGGCUUUAAGCGUUCAAGAGGUUUAGUUUCUCACCCCCAAAGAAGACAUGUGAGAGUGAGAUUUUAAGCCAAAUUUCAUCAAAUCCUGUCUUUCUUUACCUUUCUCAUCCGGAGGUUGAGAAUGUCAGACCGGAGUUGUGUUGAACGCAGCAGUAGUGGUUCAUCUACAGCCUAACUGUACAUGGAGACAUAAGAGGGCAUUCUACCUAAACACACACACACACCUGAACUAGCUCUGACUUCUCUGAAUGUGAAUAUUUAUUACCUGUGCAAUGACCACAACACCUCAGAUGCUCCCUGUUGGCUACAUGUGCGCUUGGUAUACGUAUGUUUGUGUGUGUGUGUGUGCGUGUGUGUGAGAAAGUGAAUGCACGUGUGUGUGUCUGGGUUCACUGGUUUUAAAUGUUCAUUUUUGUCAGGGUGAUGUGGUUGGGUGAAACUUUACGAAAAGCAGAAAAAAGUAGGACGAGAACCUAUGGCCCUCCCUCCGCCUGUGUUCCAGCUAACCGAGGAGGGAGAAAUCCAAGAACCUGUGAAAAAAUGGGAGCAAAUAAAGAAAAGCAAGAGAGUUUAAAAACAACAUUAACACAGUUGAGUAAUAGAUUAAAACCUGUAUAUAAGAUGUUAAAAAAAGGUGAUGACGAUACUUUUGUACUUUUGGAGAAAAAAAGCAUAAAAAAUCAGAAUGGGAAAGGCCGUUGAGGGGAAAGAUUGGCCAAGCCAAGUCACUGAAGGACACUGCCAGAUAACUCACAAUCUUUUCAAUGUCUUACCUGUACUUGGCGACAUACAUCGCCAAUCUUCAUCGGCUACCCCACCAGCUCGCCAUCAAACAGGGGAAAGUCUAUUCUAUCAUGUCUAUGCUUCCAUUUUUUUUGUCCAGAGGUGGUAACUUCACAGUUCAACAUGGUUGUUCUUUAAGUUUCCACCUCUUUCCAAACCAUAGAGCUCUGUUCACAACCACCAAGACACGCUAGUUAGGAUUCAUGAUUCAGCCUGCAGCCAUUUGGAUUUUUUUUUUGGGGGGUGGGGGGUGGGGGGGGGGUGUAUUAAGUUUUGACAAUACAGCAAGCUUUAUUUGGACGUGACAUCUGGGGACGUACUGUUGCACUAAUUGAUGAAAUAUGUCGACAACGUCAAACUAUCAGAACGACUGAGAACCUUCUGUAACACCUGAUGCAAUUCUUUAAAGAAAAAGGUGGAGACUGAAGGGAAGAGGAGAAGGCAGGGUGGGAGCGGGGGAGGAAGGAGAAGGAAGGUGGUCAGGUGUCUGGGAUGAGGUGUAGGAAAACAAACCUUCUUCUUCGCCCUCUGUCCUUUCCCAAAAGUAAAAUGCUUUCUCCUUGUUUUUGCCCUUCUGUACUCCGGGAAAAGAGUGAGAAGUUUUUAUUUCCUUUUUAUUAAAAAAAAACUAAAAAGAUCAUUUCAUUUUUGGAGCGGGCGGGAACGUCAGGGUCCCUCGCCCUCUCUUGCGCUGGUCUGCAUCGUGUUCGUUUUGCUCACUUCUGUUCAAGAAGUUUUGGUUAUGUAACUUUUAACCACCGCCAUUUUUUAUUUUUAUUUUUUACAAUUGAUGUUCUGACUCUUUUUGGACAUUGUUGGAUUUCAUCAAGUUUUGGUCUUUUGGUUUUAAAUACAUAAAUCUAUUAACAAAACGGCUACUAAAUACAAUGAACUGCUAACACGUAGCUCAGUACAUGACGGUAACUGUGCCAAACACACAGGAAGGGGCUCAGUCAAAAAUGCAGUAUAGAGCCAUUUGGAGCAAAUAACCUGUAAUACUGAACUCAUAGAAAAGGUCAAAUGUAAGAUAACCUGUGUAGUAUUUCAGAGCAAAUAUUACUACAUUCAAAUGGUAAUAUCUCAUCUUGAAACUGAACUCUUCACGUCUUGUUUUUGUAUGUACAGUAGAGACAAUACAUGCAAAUCAAAGCCUGCAUCCUGAGUAGGACAGAAAUUGUAAGACCUUUCUUAUGUUUCAUCUGGUUUUCCUCUCUGCCACAAGGAAAUCAGAUCUGGAUCAUUUCUGGGGCUCAAACGUGAACCCUCAGUCCUUUUCUUUAUGCAAGCUGAGAGAUAUAUUGAUACGUUGUAUCAGCUAGGACAGAGUCUGGCAGUGUGAGGUGCCACACAGUGUAAAAAAAAUUUAAGUUGCCACGCACUAACAUGUAAGCAUCAAACUUACUGAGACUGAAAAAGGGCCACACCAGUGUAUGUUUUAUCCCAUUUUCUAUAAGUUGCUAUUUAAUCUUUUUGCUGUGUAUUUUCCUACACAAAUCAUAUACAACAUAUUUCCAAACAUACCACCAUAUUUAAAUUUGUGAGUCUUGAUUGGCUUCCUUUCAACUUCACUAUGACUAUGGAAAAAAACGUUGACAAGACAAGUCAGAUCAUGCUUCAGCGUGAACAAGGCUGCAUUAACCUGGGCAACAAUUUGCUGUUGGGGCCCUAAAGGAAACCCCCCUUUCCAAAAACCUGCAUUGAUUGCUAAUUAAAGGUACCCUGUGGAGCUUCCUCCCAAAAACAAAAAAGAAAGUUCAGUGUUUCUCACCCAAAAGUAUUGUGUGUAUCCUUGUGGUCUAAAAAAGUGUUGAAUGCAAUUCUUUCCAAAUUCAAGCAACUUUUAAACCUGCAAUAAUUGAAUUUAUUAGCCACUUGGGGGCAACAAAAAACGAGCCGAUAACAAAACACUGAUGUAAUAUUACCAGGUGAAGUUAGUAAACAGUUACACAUCUAGCCUAUUACCAUUCAGUUGGAGUCGUGUUCCUUAAACCAAGCCAUUACAGCUGAGGUAUCUUAAAAAAAGCAAAAAUGAGCUGAAUAAUGCCAAAAACGCUCCGUAGAGCUGAGGGGAACUGCAGUCAGGUGACACUUGGCUGUGGGCUGAUCACUUCGAAUGACCCUUUCACAUUAGGGCUACACAUGGCCAGUGCUCCAUCAUAAAUGAAAAAAAUUUAUUAGAGCGCCUUUAAGUCUCUGCAGCCUGACUGGUGUAGUGUAGUGAAAUGCAUUGAAAGUAAUGGAAAAGCCCAGAAAUCUAAAACACUAGCACAUGCUUAAAAAUACUCAGUACUAAUAUAAAGUACAUGCAGUAAAUGGGCUAAAACUCACUGGUGUUGUCCCUUUAUUUAAAGAUUGGAAGCAUGGAUAUUCAGAGUUUGGGGUAAACUGUCUUACCCAGCUUCUUGUUUGUGGCAGCAGAGCACAGUAUUGCUUUAUAGACAUUACAACAUGUAGCUCAGCCUUGACGGACGCUAAAUAAAAAUUGACAGACUUCAAGCUAUGGCGAGGACAGUUUGCAAUAAAACACUGCAGACUCCUACUGUCCAUCUGCAGAGACGGGCUCCGAGUCUGACAAAUUUGAAACAAAAUGGAGACCCCGGCAAAGGGACGCCUUACCGGGACGAAACAAACAAACCUCUUGACACAUAACUAGGAACGCUACCUCAAAACGUAAGCAAACUCAGCCAGAAGAUUGUUUCUUUUAUUUUAUUUUAUUAUAUAGUAACAGACAAGAGCAAGUAGUCAGUCGACCAGACAUGCAGACAGAAAGGACAGACAGUCCUAUAUUACUGUCACAAUUUUUUUUCCACUCAACUUUAAUUUAUUUUUCGGUUUUUGAAACGUAACCUCUCCAGCUUAGAGACGGGACUGUAAAAAUAAAUGAGUAAAUAAGAAAAAAUGACAAAAAAAGACAAAAAACCCAAUAUGGACACAUUGUGGUGCGGGGCUGCGUGGGCAGUCGGGACAAGGAUUUUCUUUACGUGUUGGGUAGAGUAUUCAGCAACCUGAUUGGUCCACGUAGGGCCCAAUCAUGAAGAGGUGUUCACUUUUGCUCUGGAAACAGUUUCUCUUUUCCAACCUAACUGUUCAAAGCUGAUUCUACUCAGUCACCUCACUUUGACUCAGAACUAAACACGGCUGUUUUUUGUUUCUUACCUGCCUCCGACCGCUAAAAUUACCCACAAUUUCACCUCCUGAAUCAAGGGGCACAACACCUGUAACCAUGUAAUUGUUUUGUUGAUCUACCUCUUGGGGAAAAAUAGGUAAUUUUUUUUUUUUUUUUGGAAAAAGGACACAAAAAUAACAAAAAAAAAAGUUGCUUGAAAGAAAUAUAGGUAAAUGAAUAACUGGAUAGCGGCAUCACCAUAUACUGUAGUGGAUAGUCAAUUAAAGGAAAAAAACAUUUACUUCUUCCAAAGAUGAUUUUGCUUUAUUUCUCCAUUUUAGUUGUUUUUAAAGGAUUAUGAAAUUGAAUAAUAAUCUUAAAGAAGAGACAAAAACUUACCACCUUUUAUUUUUUUUUAUUUUUUAUUUUUCAAACCCAACAUAAAUGAGAUUUCUUUAUCCAAUUUGCAUUUUGUUUUGUUCAUUUCAUUAAACUUACACUUUUUAACUUCAAAAUAUUCUUCAUGUUUUAUUUUGGUUGACUUCUAAUAUUUUCUCUCUCUUUUUUUUAUGACAGCAGAUUGUAUCUCUUGUGUUUGGGUGCAUUUAGCAUUUUCUUUCUCUUUGUGAAAAGCCUACAUGAGUUAGAGCGCCCUGUGAGGACCUUCUACACUGAUGAAUGAUCUAUUUCCACUUCUGAUGAGUCGUUUGAAAAAGCAAAAGGACCUGUUGUUUUAGCUGACUGUGGAGCUGCAGGUGGGAGGAGGGAGGCCCUGUAUCAUUUCUGUCCUCCUCAUGCUGCUCGGAGCUGGAUUCCACUUGACUAAUCUGAUCUGGGCUCAGCCUUCAUACUGAAAACUAAGCUCUUCAUGCGCUUUGGUCGUGCAUCCAUGACUGUUUGCUCAGAUCCCAGCUACUGAGCUGCAGCGUGAGAAGGGUUGAGUCUUCCUCCUUCCACCAGAUGGCGCCUUUGGUCUUUACAGUAUAUGGACUUUCACCCUCUGCCUGCCUGAUUCCUUUAGUCCUCAUCAACACUUGUUUUAAACUCCUUGUAAACAAAACAGAGCAUAGAUAUGAAUGUGUUAUUAAAAGAUGAGAAAACGGA